GGGUGAGGCGGGCUGAGCGCACCGGGGUUCUCGGGGGCUCUGCGCGGCUCGCGGCGGCGGCGGCGGCCGGAGCGCGGGGCUGAGCCAGCGUCCGAGAAAGGCGGCGGCGGCUUCGGCGCGCGGCCCCGCUCCCUCCCACCACCCCAGACCGGCCACCUCUUUGCCAUGGCUCUGGCGGACAGCACACGUGGAUUACCCAACGGGGGCGGCGGCGGGGGUGGCAGCGGCUCGUCGUCCUCCUCUGCGGAGCCGCCGCUCUUCCCCGAUAUCGUGGAGCUGAACGUGGGGGGCCAGGUGUAUGUGACCCGGCGCUGCACGGUGGUGUCGGUGCCCGACUCGCUGCUCUGGCGCAUGUUCACGCAGCAGCAGCCGCAGGAGCUGGCCCGGGACAGCAAAGGCCGCUUCUUUCUGGACCGAGACGGCUUCCUCUUCCGCUACAUCCUGGAUUACCUGCGGGACUUGCAGCUUGUGCUGCCCGACUAUUUCCCCGAGCGUAGCCGGCUGCAGCGCGAGGCCGAGUACUUCGAGCUGCCCGAGCUCGUGCGCCGCCUCGGGGCGCCCCAGCAGCCCGGCCCCGGGCCGCCGCCGCCGCACUCGCGGCGCGGGGUGCAGAAGGAGGGCUCGCUGGGCGACGAGCUGCUGCCGCUCGGCUACGCGGAGCCCGAGCAGCAAGAGGGCUCGUCGGCCGGGGCGCCGUCGCCCACGCUGGAGCUGGCUAGCCGCAGCCCGUCCGGGGGUGCGGCGGGCCCGCUGCUCACGCCGUCCCAGUCGUUGGACGGCAGCCGGCGCUCCGGCUACAUCACCAUCGGCUACCGCGGCUCCUACACUAUCGGGCGGGACGCGCAGGCGGACGCCAAGUUCCGGCGAGUGGCACGCAUCACCGUGUGCGGCAAGACGUCGCUGGCCAAGGAGGUGUUCGGCGACACCCUGAAUGAGAGCCGGGAUCCGGACCGGCCUCCCGAGCGCUACACUUCUCGCUAUUACCUCAAGUUCAACUUCCUGGAGCAGGCCUUCGACAAGCUGUCCGAGUCGGGCUUUCACAUGGUGGCGUGCAGUUCCACGGGCACCUGCGCCUUCGCCAGCAGCACCGACCAGAGCGAGGACAAGAUCUGGACCAGCUACACGGAGUACGUCUUCUGCAGGGAGUGAGCUCCCCAGACCCCCUCGCGGCUCCAGCUCUCCCAUUCCCCUCCUUCCUGCCAAGGAGAGGAUUAUAGAUCUCCCCUCCUAUCCCACGCCUUUCCAUUCCCCUGCCUCCCAGCUUUAGUAGCUGGGCCAGGCCCACUCACCCCGCCCCCCCACUUGAGAACCUGCAGCCGCAGAUCCUCUCGGCUUCUUCGUCUUUUUUGGACCCCGCUAACCGAGAGAGCCUAGAUGCCCCCCCCCCCAUUGCUUCCUCUGUCCCCUGACUCACACCACCCCUCCCUUGAAUUGUCCUUCAGUCUGGAUCUAAUGGGGGCAGUGUGGCCACAAAGUUACCAAGUACCUGGGGAUGGCAGAAUUGUUCAGAACCUGAUUGGACCCUGUCCAGUGUGUAGAAGAUUGAAAUCCCAAGCCCUUUUGACUCAUUCGAGGCUUAAGAGAUCAGAAUUGAGAACACUGGGAAUAGUGUUUUAAAAGGUCAUUAUGUAACCUUUUGACCCUUUUUAAAGGUAGAGUUUUAGAGGGCUGGAUGGAAGACUCUGGACCUGGAAUUAGGAUCCCGUGGAGGCAGGUCAGUGACUACAAAAUGACUAAAGUUUUGACAAGUUACAGGUAGAAGUAGGAAAAGAAUCUAGUGCUGGCACAAUGAAGGAUCCUAUCUCUUCCGUGCACAAUGAAAGAUCUUCGCCUGUGGCUUAAACUUGUAUAAAGUCACUCUCCUGCGUUAGGAGGCAUCCUUUCUCCUUGGCUCCAGCGCUUGAUGCGCUUAGUUCGACUGGUCGACAUGGCCGCCCUUCCUGGCGGGAGGGAGCAAGAGUGCUGACGCCGGAAGGGCCAGACAGCCCAGGUCACCAAGCACUGCGGGAAGUCACCUGGCCGUGACUGUAAACGGAGCUGGGGAGUAGUAAUGCACGUCGUGGGUAUUAAGAAAGCCCAUAUUCUUGCAGUGAAUGGCAGUAGGACCUUAGCUCAUAAGACUUGGGGGGGUGGGAUGGGGAGGGAGGAAGGAGGGGUGAAGGGGUGGGAAGGGAGGAGCAGACACAUUCAUUUAUUAUUUGAAAGGUGGAAGUUUGUGCCAUCCGUUCGAGUACACGCACAUUUAAAAAAAUAGUACACACAAACAUGCAAAGCAUUUUAUAAAGAUUAAUAACAGAUCCACUCUUAUCUGGCAGUUUAAUGAACUAACUGUUUUGAGUCGAAACUUAGAAGUUGCUGAUACUUACAUAACCAAAGAGUUACCCAGUAGUUUUUGAACUUUAGUUUCGUUUUUUUUUUAAACUUUAUUUUCUUGUUGAUUAUAAAUCCUGAUUUUAAGAUGUAUUAACAAGCAAAAUCUGUUUGAUUUUGGUUAAACUUAAGAUCUCUUCUUAAAAAUCCGUAUUUUCUUCAAACCCAGCCAGUGUUGACUUCUGGGCAAACCCCGAAAUCCUGAAAAUGCCCUUUCUUUCCUGCAGAUGGUUUAAAAUGAAGGUGGAAUCUUUUUGGGUGACAGCAGCAGAGCCAUAGAAGCACCAAGGGCUGCCCAUCUGUAGGUAGUUGUACAAUGACAUGUUUUUAGACGAAGGUGAAAAAGUACUUACAAGUGGGCCGAGCAAUAAAAUAGUGUUUUAGGUAAAUGCAAGAGAAACAGAAGGAGACCUGGUUGCCUUAUACCUUUACUCUAACAUGGAAUAAAUUCCCACUGCAUAUCCUGUCUACACCUUAGGUGAAGGGAAGUAAAUCCUUGUCUUUCAUGCUGUGUGGCUCCUUUGGAUAUUCUGUGAUGACGGAGAAGCCUUUCCUUUUUCAUUGGUUUAGUAGUUUCUCUGAAGUAUGUUUUUAAAGAUUUUGUAAGAGUCGUUUUCAGUGUUCAAAUUAGUGCUAUUUUUCUUCUUUUUAAAAAUGAAUCUUGUACUGUAUCUUACUAUGUCCAUAACAGAUACUAAGAAUUGGAACAGUUUUAUUCUUAGAUUCAUGUGAUCCAAUCUGUAUAUACCAUAUAUAAACAUUUUACACGAAUCAUUUAGUUUUUUAAUUCAUUUACUAAUGCUAAAAGAUUUCCUAUAUUUACCCCCAGUAACGUGCAUCAGAUGGUGUAUAUACUAAAGCAACAUGUUUUCAUGAGUUUCUUAGAUCUUUGUCUCUGGGGACACCGGGUUAGGAAAAAAUACAUAGUUUUAAAACUGAGUUUGCUCCAUACUUUUUUCCUGGCUAUUAGUUAUGUACUAAUAAUGUGUCCAUUAACUGUCCACUUAAGAUCGAGGUACCUGUAUUUUUAACCCACUAAUUCUAUUUUUUUUUAAUUGGUAAACAAAGAUUUGAAGUCUUUUCAUUGGAGUUACAUUUUUAGAAAGGUAAAGUUAGCUUUAUGUAUGAAGACUGUAAUUGUAAGAGAAAUGGAAGCAGAAAUCCAGGAAGUUGGGUGUGUUCUCAGAGUAGGUGAUGCAACAGAGCUUAUCUCUGUUCCAAGCCUGAAAUGAUUUAGCAAAGUCGCUUUCUGGACAAAACAGUGCCACAGAGAUUUCUCCAUGCUAUAUGGUGUUCUCUUAGAUUGUGAGACAAAAAACACAUACUUGAGAACAUUUUAGGACAGAUCAAAUCCACUGACAGAUGGCAAGACUCUGGGAUUCUGAUUUUCCCUGUUAAAUCUGCACAGCUCCGGGAGUCAUGGGAAACUGCUGAAGUUUUGUUUGUGCCACUCAAGUCUUAAUGAAUUUUAUCUCGUAAAACUUUGAGUUGAGCUGUUCCACUUCAUUGGGCAUACGGAUCUUAACUUCCCCACACACCCUGGCUUCCCUGCAGUGCUCCCCUACCCCUUUCAUCCCGUCAAAGACUGGGAAUUUAAAUGGUUAGAGACCUAAACUGACUUCUGUUCCUAGGGAUGACUGUCCACUCUAAGGUUGGCUGUCGAAAAAUGAAAAUACUCUACUUUUAGCCCAAAGUAAAGGCUGGGUAGGAAACUCAUUCUAUGCUGGGUGGAUCCUAUAACUGUGGUGAGGUGACUUAGCAUAGGUGCUUUGGGGUUCCCUCUCUUCCAUGUGCCGUGGGCCACAGAAGGACCCUUGGUAGUCUACAAAGUGGGCUGGAGUGUCGGUGGUCACCUCUGAGCUUGGAUGGGAUAUCGAGGGUCCAUACGAGUAAGCCCUCCAAAGAUACCAUUCAAAUAACCUGGGAGAAUGUUAUAAAUGAUUCAGAUAAUUAUGACUGCAGGAAGCUGACCCAGUGUAGUGUGCAUUUACCAUGGCUUUAAUGACUAUUUUGUUCAUAAGUACCAGGGAGUGACAUGAGAUUUAACAAAUUUCAUUAAAAAAAAAAAGAAUUGUUGACAGUGGUGGUUAAAAACACAGGUACCAUGCUCAGUGCUUUUGCACCAGGUAUUGGAUAAGUCGCCUGUUUUUUAAUACAUGUAGACCAUGAACCAUAGUCAGUCUAAUUUUUCAAAUUGUACGUUGUAGAAAAUACUCCUUGGAGGUGUGAGACUUAGACAUUUUUUUUCCCUUUCAGUACUGUUUUUAUUCUUGUGUUUCUUUUUUUGUGGUGAUGGUGGUGGUGGUUUUUUGUUUUGUUUUGUUUUGUUUUUGGCAUUGAUAGCAAAGUGAAAAUUUGUAAUACUAGCCAAAUUGUCUUCUCUUUCAAACCAGAUCCAUAUAUGGGGCCUGUUAUUUCUCUGAGGAAAUGCAUAAUCUGAAUUCUCAGACAAAAAUGGGCGACUGGCAAUGCUCAUAACAUAUUCAAUUUUUAUUGGACUUUUCCAUGGAGUGUUACUACAUUGAAGCCAUGUAAGGUGAAGCUUUGGUAAUUUUUUACUUUUUAAAUUAUGGUAAAUUCUAAUCUAAUAUUCAAAACAUUUUGUACUCCACAUGAAAAAUGCUAAAUUAUGGUGCAAGAUUUUAGAAAAGUAUUGACUGGAGGGGUUGAAUUCUGUAAGAAUUUCUUUUAUAGUCUCAAUCAUAAGUACUUUACUCAAUUGACUUAAAUUUCUAAAAUAGUAAACUGAAUAUUUUUUAUUGUAAACUUAGCAGAGUAAAUCCUUUGGAAUUUCUUUUGUUUUUUCCUUAUGAUAACUCAUUUAAAAACUGAAUUAGUUUUCUUAGAUGACGUAAGUCUGUCUUUUGAGAAUAAAUAAAAUACUCUUGGGUUUUCAGUGGCUAUAGUACCUUAUGCAGGGUUUCCUAGAGCCAGAAACAAGUUAUGUUGAAGUUAACUUUUCUUUGUCACAAUUUUGGACAAUAAAAAUCUUAAAGAUCUUUGAAUUUGAAGAUUUAGAUUCUCUACUGGGGACCUUGAAACUUAGAUGGAAGAAAUCCAAGCAGACAAUUUACACUAGAGUUUAAUCUUGUGUGGUAGGAUGAUGAAUAGUUGAUCAAGAAUCCUUGUCACCUUAUACAUUUUGUGUUUUAUUUCCCCACAGGCCAAGUUUUUUUGUAUUUUAAAUGUAUUUUGAGGUAUGUGAGCAUUAAUUGUAAUGUAAACUAUUAUACAACUGUCUUCGUGACUUUAUAGGCAAGUGAAUUUUGCCAUUAUGAGUACAAAUGAUAAUUCGUUUGUGAUCACUUACCCAUCAUUAGUGACAUUUAAUGACGAAAGUUUAAGACGUCCAUUGUGGAUGUUAAUUUUAAAGACAUAAAUUAUAUGUUAUUUAAAUUUUUCCCUACAUAUGAAAAACUCUUAUCUGCCAAACAAUCUAAGAUUUCCACAGAGCUCCCCAGGAUUAUGCAAUUGUUAAAAACAUUAUAUGCUAAGUGAUAUGUAUCACUGAACCAUUUUCUCAAAGUAGAAGGGGAAGGGAAAAAAAUCAUAACGAUUAUCAGACUUUUCUAAUGAAACAGAAAGCCAAGAAAAAAAACCCCCCUCUGUAUUUUAAAAAAGACAAUUCAGACGAGCCCAAACUUUAAGUGAGAAUUUCUUCAACCAUCCAAAUGCUCUAGAGAUUUUUGUUCUCCCUGUUCACAACCAGUUGUAUAAUAGACCUACUUGAUACUGUUUUCCUCCCUGUGUGUGAAGUAAUGAAUCAUUGAUUAUGUGACUUGUUAUGUAUUCUAUUAAACACUAGAGAAUAAAACAUUCACUCCUUUAAUUAUUC